AGAUCUCUCAGAAACUUUUUUGGUAACUGGAAUUAAAGAAUGGCGAUGAAGAGGAUUAAUAGGAACUUGGAACAAGAGGCUGGACUCAUCACUGAGACACAUUGAACAGAAAAAAAAAGAUAUGCUUCCGUGCUUCUGUAAAAAACCAAGAUAAACCUGGAAAGCACAAUGAGACCUCUUACAAAUAUCUAUGUCUCUGCUUGUGUCUUUACGUGCACGCUAUGGAAUAAUAUCCAGCCAACCGUGGAAAAUGAAUUUAUUGCAAAUUAUUCAAGCAAUUUGCUAACUAAUGUUCCAAAAAACAUUUCAGUCCAUACUCACGUAUUAGAUUUAUCACAUAAUAGGAUCUCUGGACUUAAUAUUUCAGAAUUUAUUUCUCUUCCUGACCUUCAAGUAUUAAAUCUUUCUCAUAAUCUAAUUACAGAGCUUGACUUUAGUAUCUUCACUUUUAAUGAAGAUUUAGGAUACUUAGAUUUAUCUCAUAAUAACAUUUUGAAAGUUUACUGUCAAACUCUUCCAUAUCUUAGACAUUUAGAUCUUUCUUUUAAUAAGUUUACUGCCUUGCCCAUCUGCCAGGAAUUCGGAAACAUGUUUCGUUUGGAGUACCUCGGGUUAAGUGCUGCGAUGAUACGAAGGUCAGACUUCAUGUAUAUCAUACAUUUGCAGCUGCACACUGUCAUCCUAACCUUAGAAGACUUUUCUCUGUAUGAGUCGCAGAGUCUGACAGCCUUGAAUACAAGGAACCUCGACAUUGUCUUUGCAGCAAACCAAAACUUCAUUUUUUCCCUACUGUACGAUGGCAUGAGCACUGCAGAAAACUUAAGAAUAGUUAACUUAAGAUAUACCUUGAGCUACAAAGAUUUCCCUGCUCCUCCUUUAACACUUCUGAAGAAAAUCAAGACAACAGCUCUAGUGCUUGACACUGUGGAUUUACAAUGGGGUAUCAUUUUGCAAAUUUUCCUGCUUAUUUGGUAUUCACCCGUGGAACAUCUGACUGUGAGAAAUUUGACUUUCCGGGGACCAGUGAGCGAGCUGCCUGAACAUGAACUUCUACUGUUCUUAGGCUCUCUGGAACAACUAAUCUCUUCGGGUGGCUCCAUGAAAACACUAACUUUGGAGCACAUUCGUAAUAGGGCUUAUUAUUUCAAUCAGGAGAUUCUAUACAGACAGUUUUCAGAGAUGAAUAUUGCCAGUUUAACAAUAUAUGAUGCAUAUAUGCCACACAUGCUUUGCCCCAAUAGAACAAGUUCCUUUCAGUCAUUAAAUUUUUCUCACAAUGCCCUGACGGAUGAAUUGUUCCAGAAUUGUCAUACUCUGACAGAUCUGAAAUUACUUAUUCUGCAGAGGAAUAAAUUUGAGAGCCUUCCCAAAGUAAGCUUCAUGACCAGCCAUAUGAAAUCGCUGAAAUAUUUGGACGUGAGCGGCAACUUGCUGCGUCACGAUGCAGCUGACGUGCAAUGUCGGUGGGCUGAGUCUCUGACGGAGCUGGACCUGUCCUCGAAUCAGUUGAUGGAUGCCGUGUUUGAGUGCUUGCCAGUCAACAUCAAAAAACUCCACCUACAAAGCAAUCAGAUCACCAGGGUGCCCAAGGGGCUGGCAGAGCUGAAAUCCUUGGAGGAGCUGAACCUGGCACAGAACAGUCUGGCUGACCUGCCGGGGUGCGGUGGCUUUACGUCGCUGGAGGUCCUGAACGUAGAGAUGAAUUUGAUCCUCACCCCGUCUGCCGACUUCUUCCAGAGCUGCACGAGGGUCAGGGAGCUACAAGCCGGGCACAACCCGUUCAGGUGCUCCUGCGAACUGCAAGACUUUGUCCGCCUGGAGAGGCGGUCUGGGGGGAAGCUGGCUGGCUGGCCGGCGGCGUACGUGUGCGAGUACCCGGAAGACUUGAAGGGAACGCAGCUGAAGGACUUCCACCUGAGCGAACUGGCCUGCAACGCGACGCUCUUGCUUGUGACAGCUCUGCUGCUGACGCUGGCGCUCGUGGCCGUCGUGGCCUUUCUGUGCAUCUUCCUGGACGCGCCGUGGUACGUGCGGAUGACGUGGCAGUGGACGCAGACGAAGCGGAGGGCUCGGCAGAGCCGCCCCGAAGAGCAGGAGAGCGUUCUGCAGUUUCACGCGUUCAUUUCCUACAGCGAGCGCGACUCGUUGUGGGUGAAGAACGAGCUGAUCCCGAACCUGGAGAAGGGGGAGGGCUGUGUACAACUGUGCCAGCACGAGAGAAACUUCAUCCCUGGCAAGAGCAUUGUGGAGAACAUCAUUAACUGCAUUGAGAAGAGCUACAAGUCGAUCUUUGUGUUGUCUCCCAACUUUGUGCAGAGCGAGUGGUGUCACUAUGAGCUGUACUUUGCCCAUCACAAGUUGUUCAGUGAGAGUUCCAACAGCUUAAUCCUCAUUUUACUGGAGCCGAUCCCCCCGUAUGUUAUCCCUGCCAGGUAUCACAAGCUGAAGGCUCUCAUGGCAAAGCGAACCUACCUGGAGUGGCCGAAGGAGAGGAGCAAGCGUGCCCUUUUCUGGGCUAACCUGAGGGCAGCUAUUAGAAUUAACCUGCCAAUGACUAAUGGAGAGGAGUGUGGGGAAAUAGAUUCAGGAUCUUUCUAACGGAGUUUCUUCAGUUUUUUGUUGGUGAAGCAAUAAAUACUUUAUGGUUUUCA